UGGUUGGUUUUCCAUUGUAGCUGUUGCGCACAUUGGCUUGUCUGGAGACUACUCCGGGUCUAGUGUACACGCUAUGCUCACAGCAGCUGAAGUGCGAACACUGUACGAAAACGAGAUCUUAAUGCGCCUCUUCCGCGGCCGGAAUGUCCAAAUCGACUAUUUCCAAUACACCCUCAUAAGCUCAAGCGUUGUAGAUAUAAAAUGUGACAUCACUGCUCCAGCUGAUUUUAUUUCAGAAAUCUCUGGUAACAGCUCAGCCGUCAACCUUCAUGGAAACUUCACAGCUGCUCUCGAGACGACCAUCGUGGGUUCACUAAACCUUGUGCCCGGAUCCUUGCAAGUGUUUGCUUAUGACGUAUGCAGCCCUGAAACAAUUGACGGCGGGUUGCGAGGGCUGUUCGACUGGUCGGAGACAUUCCUGAAUGCCACGGAGACGCUGCCCUGUCCUGUUUCACUGGACGACGGCGUCGUUCGGUUUGCAACCCGCCGCUGCGCUAUCGUUCCUAGAAUGCACAACAGCAUGUUGGAUAUGGCCGAGUGGGAAACUACUGACAUAACAUCAUGUCCUACUCCAAACACGGCCAAACUACAACAGCUAGCCAAGGUGGACUUCAAUACAACUGCACCCGAUUUGGUUCUUAAUAGCUCACUAGAAGUGGCUAGGCUGACGAAUGACAGCGCAGAACUAACGAAUGAUGACAUCGACUUUGCUUCAACGGCAAUCUUCAACCUGGUGACAGCUGUGAGCAACGAUGAAAUUUUUAACCAGUCGGUUGGACAGGAGGUGGCUCAAGCUACACUAAAAUCAGUAGAUAACAUCCUGAAUGUGAAGAGCAACACAACAGUGGUUUCAUCAUCGCCAGCCAAGAGGAUAGCGAAGUCAUUGGAGCGUCUAGUCACAACACUGACUGUAGAUGUCGACCAGCCGUUCCAGAAGCAGGAAAAGAACCUCGGCUUUGCAGUCAGCUGUCCAGAGGAGAACGCCACGACCCAAGCAUUUCGCUCCAUAUCACCACUGGGUGAUGGGACAUUCUAUGUAGGAAAGGCGAAUACGUCCGCUGCAGUGGCUCAGGAAGGAGUUGCAUUUGAUAUCGCAGGCAGUACUAUCACCGCAGCAACAGAACGCCUUGGACUUUCCAACAGCUCGGUGUGUGCAGUUGCUCCUACUCGCUACAUCCUCUACAAGACACACACGCUUUUCAAGGACACCAAUCUCAGUGCAAACACUUCACUCGUCAGCGAAAUCAUCUCAGCUCAAGCAGGGGAUACAGCGCUCAGCAACCUCCAGGAUCCUGCGCUGAUGUCAUUCAACUUCUUGGAAUCACUCUAUCAGGGCACUAGCUACGUGUUAUCGUGUGUAUUCUGGGAUUUUGAUAAAGAUGAUGGAAAUGGUGGCUGGAGCAAUCAAGGGUGCACAUCAGUAUUCCAGAAUGGGACGAGUGCGAAUCGCACCGUGUGCAGCUGUGACCACCUCACCAACUUUGCUGUGCUGUUUACACGGACGGCAAAGAUACAACAAGGCAUUCCCGAUGUGUCUUUGAAGUACGUGUCAAUCAUUGGCUGCGGUCUCUCUAUGCUGGGACUUCUUGGCACAAUGACCAUCGUAGCUAUGCUCCCGAAACUUCGCAAGAACAUACACCAUCGUAUGAUGUUUGGCCUGAGCGCUGUCCUGCUGAUUUUCCUCGCUGUUUUCACCAUCGUCCUGUACCACGAGAACCUGGAGAAAACCGCUGAGGCCUGCAAAUCGUUAGCGGUUCUGCUGCACUAUCUAUUGAUAUGUGCGUUCAUGUGGAUGUCAGUUGACGCGACCUUUCUCUACAAACAGAUCGUGAUCGUGUUUGAUGAUACCGGGGACCGCCAGAAGCGCAUCCUUUUCGCAUCCAUCUUCGUGAUUCCGCUGGUAAUCGUGGGCAUAUCAGCAGGGGCGACAACGGCAGAUGCGUACGGCACUGGAAAUGUGUGCUGGAUCACCAGUGACUCGGUAUUCUACGGUGGACUUGUCGCACCUAUGGGCUUGUCCAUUCUUUACAACCUAGCGGUUCUAAUCGCGGUGGUAAACGCUCUCAGAAAGCAAAGAAAGCGAUUUUCGGGAGGCAGCCACGGCGGCGCGAAGGAGCGGAAGCCAAUGCUUGUGGUCAUUGUAUCCUUGUCGGUGCUACAGGGAGUCACGUGGGUCUUCGGUUUCCUCGUCUUGGCUCACGAUCAUUUAGUCUUGCAGUACGUUUUCACAGUUCUGAACUCCUUGCAGGGAUUCUUCAUCUUCAUACACACGGUUAGGGGUCACGAAGCCAAGAAAGGCCUGAAGGAUACAUUGUCAUUUGGCAACAUGAGCCUCCCAUCCAUGUCUAGUGGAUCAUGGGUCCCGAGAAGCAGAGGAAUCGGGAAAUCAAGACCUCCAUCAGACAUCAGCCUGCCCGAAAAACUCAAUACAGGCAAAGAAGCUCAACUCAAACCAGUGCUCCAACGAGACAACACCUAUGCCCAGUUGAAGUCGAAGCGGCAGUUCCUACGCGAAACUGAACAGGUUUCUACGUCAUUCCUUGGAACACGUGGAUAUUCAGGUGCAGACGACGAACUUGAAAACAUUGACCUUGACAUGCUCGAGCCUGCUUCAGACAAAAGCAUCCUUAUCGCUCAUGAAUCUCUACCUGCAACUAGCUUUGUGCCAAUGGAGGAUGUGAGUGGUAACGAGGGAGAGCCAGGCACAGUGGACAAUAACGGGUGCGCACAGGAUGAGGAACAGGAGACGGAAUUCCAGUCCAUGUCCGCAGUGGAGUUAGAGGUUCAACUGAUGGGGGAUAUUGAAGAUCAUACUGAGCCAACUGAGGAGGAGUCUCAUGCAGAUGCUGAGCGUGUAGCGUUCCUGUUUGAUGAACCCAUGACACGUGCACAGGUAGAACUCAGCGACUACCUUGAACGGUUUAUCCAGGAUUCACUGGAAUACUAAAGGGAAUGUACAUAUUUGUCGUUAUUUCUCCCAAUAGUACGUUUGUUGACCUAGGUGUCCAACGUUUACGAUGUGUUUGAAGAGUCGCAGCUUUUUUUGAAAUCAGGGAUACGGAUAAAAUAACACCCCACCAUCAUAAUAAAAACGAUGGGGUUAGUAAUUGCACCGUAAUAUUAAUUUUUUUAUUUGAUUCGAAAGCUGUAGCUUCUAGUCAUCACGAUCUUUCUCCGAGUUUCUUUUGUUAACCUUAGUUCAAAACCGUGUACGCCCUGUACUCUGCUACUUGUUGCUAUAUACGUCCUGUAUGUAACUGGAAACAGUUCCCCCCUCCCCCCUGUUGGUCACGUUGUUCAUAUGCGGAAUAAUCUCAAACAACAGUGCUGGCAACUCAAAUCCGACCCCUCAGCUUUGCGCUCACAUCGCAAAGACCCAACACGGGAUAGUAAAACUAUGAAAUAGAGACCGCUAGAAUGUGUACGCAUCGGAUUUCAGUUGCCAGCACUGUAUAAUUAUAACUCUUCUCACCUGUUUCUUUUAGCUAGAAUAUCGUUCUUUCCUACUACAUUUUCGAUACGCAAUUGUGCUGAACGCAUGAUAGUAGUACUUCAGUGCUCUCGGCUGCUAUGUAUGGCAUAGUGUUGUUACCUUCUCGCGUUAUACUUUUCCCUUUGAAGUAAUUUUAAAGUAAUCUUGUUUGUGUUGCUACUUUU